AUGGGAAUCUCCAUUUCGACCGCGGUGCUGCUCUUAUGCUGGUUGGCGAACGCCACAGCCGCCAAGGCCACCAAGGGACAAGGUCAACCUAUCAUCAUUGACACCGACUUAUUCGGUGAUGUUGAUGAUGUCGGGGCACUCACCAUAGCCAAUGUCCUGCACAACUGUGGCCUAGCAGACCUGAGAGGCAUUAUGAUCAACACACCCUCACAGUAUGGUGCUCCCGCAGCAAGUGCUAUCUGCUCAUACUUUGGCAAUAAAAAUGUCCCAGUGGCCGCUCUACGCCCGAUAACAAAUGCGUCCUUCUUCGACGACUGGGAAUACGUGAGGGGAGAGUACGCCAGCAAAAUCGCCUACAACUGGCCUGGGUCUCUUACCAAUGCCUCUCUCGCUCCCACGCCGGUCGAGCUCUACCGUUCCGUUCUUGCCUCCGCGGAGAACAGCAGUCUUCACAUCAUUUCCAUUGGCUUUCUCACCAACCUAGCAGAUCUGCUUCGGUCUGAAGCCGACGACGUGAGUCCGCUGACUGGCACAGAGCUUCUGGAAGCCAAAGUGAGCGAGCUGGUCGUGAUGGGUGGUCGUUACCCUUCUGGCUGGGAGUACAAUUUCGGCGGCACGGACCCGAAUAGCACCACCUAUGUCAUCGAGCAUUGGCCAAAGACAGUGCCAGUCACUUUCUCCGGAGGCGAGCUGGGAAGCACCGUUUUCUCAGGUCAGAGGCCCUUGGAAGAAAGCCCCUCUGAUUCUCUCCCGGUAUCGGCGUAUCAGUGGUACGUUGGCCGCGGAUCAGUCACUCGCGAGGCAUGGGAUCCCAUCACCGUUCUAUACGGAAUUCUGGGCCUGGACAACUUCACAAAACUCGGAGUAUGGCCCAUGCUGGCAUACGCGAAUGAGUAUGGGUACAACACCAUCACAGCUAGUAACGGGUCCAACGCUUGGGUCAAUGACACGAGCGUCAGGAAUCAACAUUGGUUGAAAUUGGCCGACGGAGUCACGAACACGAGUAUGGCGUGGCUCGUUGAUAAUUUCCUCGUUCAUCCUCCCGGGUUGUCGAGAUGCCUUGUAUAG